GAAUAGUACGCUAUUUAUAAAGCAUGGCGUCGGCAUUACAUGGUCGAUACAGUUGAAAUAUCGGGAACGUAUUGGUUAGAAGUGAAUAUAUUUCGAUGAUAUUUGUUAGAAAAUUGUCUAUCUAACCAACACACACAGUUUACAAGAAUAUAAAAUAAUCGUAAUAGUUCGUAUAUUAUUUAUAUUUGGCAGCAUCUAAGACACAAUGCCACCCAAAUGUAAAUUUCAAGAAGGUGAGAAGGUAUUGUGCUUUCAUGGACCAUUAAUCUAUGAAGCAAAGUGUUUGAAGUCCUCUAUUACUAAGGAGAAACAAAUCAAAUAUUUUAUCCACUAUGCUGGCUGGAAUAAAAAUUGGGACGAAUGGGUUCCGGAGAGUCGAGUUCUCAAAUAUAAUGAGGCAAAUGUACAGAGGCAACGGGAAGUUCAGAGAGCUCACUCAAAUCAGCAAUCUACGCAGAAAAAUAAGAAGGGAAGCACAACAACCAAGACACAGGGAAGAAGGAGUGAAGGGGUUAGAGAGAAAGACACAGAUAGUAGGGCAAGUACACCUGUAGCAACACCUGACAAAAGUAUAAAUCGCUUUAGCAAAGGCUCAAGCAGCAUGGCGACACCUUCAUCCUCUCAUGAUUCUACGUCUGAACCUACACGUAAAAAGCGAAGUCGACUAGAACCAUCCGGUGAAACUGAAGAAUAUCUUACUAAAGUGGAAGUUAAGAUCAAAUUACCCGAAGAAUUGAAGUUUGUCCUAAUUGAUGAAUCUGAAGUGAUAUUGAAGCAUCACAAAUUGCCGGCGUUACCUGUGAAGAAUACAGUCGACAAAAUAUUAGAUGAUUAUGUGGAGAUGAAAUCAUUGGGAAAGACAAAUGAUAUCAAAGAGAGUACAUUGGAAAUAACGAAGGGCAUUCGUGAAUAUUUCAACAUUACACUGGGCCUUCAACUCUUGUACAAGUGGGAACGACCGCAAUUUAUACAGAUAAUGAACGACAAUCCGGAAACACUGCCAAGUCAACUGUACGGUGCAUUUCACUUACUCAGACUAUUUGUGAGACUUGGUGGUAUGCUGUCGUACACACCUUUAGAUGAAAGGAGCAUUCAAUUGUUGCUAACACAUUUUCAUGAAUUCUUGCAAUAUCUGCAGAAGAAUAACUCUGAACUCUUCAAUCUUCAGCAGGAUUACACGGACCCACCACCAGAUUAUCAUCGGAAAUAUGGUUAAAUCGGCUGAAAGAAACAGAUUUGUCCACACACAAUUAACAAACAUUUCCCGAACUUCUCUUUAUAAUAUUUUAUAUAUGGUAAUUAUAUCAGAAAAUAAUACAUAUAAGCGCGAGAAUGCUAAUACUCUUUAAGCUUUAUUGUUUUAAAUAAACUAGCGAGUAGUAACUUUAGCUAUAUGAACAAAUUGCGUCUUCGGUAAUUAAAGAAAAAGAUACACAUAGCGAUUGCAUUUA